UUCUGCGCUUCCACCCGCGGCCGCUGGGGGCCGUCGCCCGGGGUCACAGGUCAGGCGGGCGUCAUGGCGGAGCCGAGCGGCGGGGCCGAGGAAGCGGGAAUUAAAACCGAGUCUUCGUUCAGCGACAAUGGUAUUGAACCCGUGUUUCUCGCUGACGGAACCAGGAAAGGAAGCAUAGGGUCGCGAGCAAAUAGCAUCACGUCCAAUACCGGCUCCACCAGUGCCUCAUCCGUCCCUAACACAGCUGAAUGCAUGACAGACAAUGAUUGUUCCCCAAAUGCAGAUGAUGAAGAUAGUGACUACAGGCAGGAAGCAGCUUAUAAAGAGACGUACAAAGAUCGACGGCGACAAGCUCACACGCAGGCCGAACAAAAAAGGCGGAAUGCCAUCAAGAAAGGAUAUGACGAUUUACAGUCAAUCGUCCCCACAUGCCAAAUGCAAGAUUCCUUAAUUGGAUCCCAGAAGCUGAGCAAAGCCACAGUUCUCCAGAAAACUAUCGAUUACAUCCAGUUUCUGCACAAAGAGAAGAAGAAGCAAGAUGAAGAGAUCUCCACUCUACGCAAAGACGUCAUGGCUCUGAAGAUCAUGAAAACGAAUUAUGAACAGAUUGUCAAAGCCCAUCAGACUAAUCCUCUACAAGGCAAGGAUCAAGUAACUGAUCAAGUCAAAUUCAGUAUAUUUCAAAACAUCAUGGACGUAUUGUUCCAGUCAUUCAAUGCGUGCAUCUCUGUGGCCAGUUUUCAGGAGUUGUCAGCCUGUGUUUUCAACUGGAUUGAGGAACACUGCAAACCACAGACUCUGCGGGAGAUCGUGGUCAGUGUACUGCGACAAUUAAAUGGUCAGCUACAUUGAGUUAGCAAGCUCGUACUGCGGAGGUGGACUGGGAGAAGAGUUAUACACUGCAAACUUCCAGAGACCUGACAUGAACACAUAUUAGUUCAAAUAAUGAUGUUGAAGCUGAUGGAGUAAAAGAUUGAUUGCUUUUAAUUCUUGUACCCGGACUGGAUUCAAGUUAAGGACAUCAGUUUGAUUACUAGAUGUGAACCACUUCGAGUCCAAUUGACAUUUUUAACUUGUCAUUAUUUUUCUUUAAAAUCCAAAAGGCAGGAAGGUGGUAUGUGAUUUUACUGAAGAGUAACUUUUUCCAAGAUGUCUCACCUUCUAGCCACUAUACUGUGCUAUACAAUGUUAAUAUUUACAACAUUUCAGUCAUUUUUUGAGCAGUACAUUGAAAUAAUGAAAACAAAUUUUUAGAUUUCAAGACAGUAUCAUGUUUUACCUUUAACGCUAUUUUAUGUUAGUGACCAAAAUAGCUUGAAAAACGAAUGAUAUUUAUUUAUAAAACAAUUUCCAUUUAAUCCAGA